GUAUUCAGUCUUCGCGUAAAUUAUGUCGCGAAAAGUAAGCUUGAAACAGUGAUGUUUAUUUUCACUAAUCUUUCUUAAAAUAGCACGUGUAUUGUAAAACGUAUUAAAAGAGAGCGACCUACAAAAAUAAACAAUAUAGAGGCAGUUUUUUACCUUAUAAAUUCAGUGUCGGUUUGAGAUAAAGAAUUUUAACAGUGUAACAACAAAUCGUUUUAACUCAGUGAUCAGUUUAUCUCAGAUAAGUGAGUUUAGUUUGAGUGUGAAGCCGUGAACGAUUACAUGUGGAUAUGGACGAUUCGGAAAAGGAAAAGCUUAAUCCGAAUGGAUGGUUACAAGCUCGCUCCAGUCAGCAAUUCAACGUGAUAAGAAGGGUGUACCAGCAAGAUGCACUGAACAAGGAUGCUGAUUACCAAGUGCCUGAGAAACCUUUGAGCUAUAGAGCAAAAAAGGUGGUCCAGAGUUGCGGUUUCGCGCAUUGUCUUCUAAAUUCGUUACCGAUAGUAAAAUGGCUGCCAGCGUACAGUCCCAAACGGGAUCUGAUUGGAGACCUGGUCGCAGGAGCCACCACGGCGGUCAUGCAUAUACCACAAGGAAUGGCCUACGCGCUCCUAGCAGAAGUGCCACCAAUAGUGGGUCUAUACAUGGCGUUCUUCCCAGUUCUAAUUUACGUGAUAUUCGGGACGUCCCCACACGUCUCUAUGGGAACAUUCGCUGUAGCUUGCUUGAUGGCGGGGAAGGUAGUAACUCAAUAUGCAGCACACCCGGCUGUACCUGUUAUUGCAAAUGCGACUGAUUUAACUGAUGCUGUAAUGCAAGUGACGCCGCUGUAUACGCCACUACAAGUUCUCAGCAUAGUAACUUUGGCUGUAGGAUUAAUACAGGUAGUAAUGUGGGUACUCCGUCUCGGCGCUGUAUCUACCCUCCUUUCUGAACCUUUAGUAUCGGGAUUCACAACAGCCGCCUCAUUCCACGUGCUGGCGUCGCAGCUGAAAGACCUGUUUGGGAUAAAGUUGCCGAAACUGGGCAACAAUUAUAAAGUCGUUUUUACAGUCAUAGAGAUGUUCAAGAACCUGCCAAACACGAACUGGGCGGCGUUCACUAUAUCAGCCAUCGCUUGUACCAUCAUAGCUUUGAAUAAUGAAGUGCUUAAGCCAUGGGUAAGCAAGCGAAGCCGGGUGCCGGUGCCAAUAGAGUUACUAGCUAUAGUGGCGGGGACUGUGGCGUCCAAAUUGUGCGAUUUGAAAGCAUUGUAUGGGAUUUCUUUGGUCGGAAAUAUACCUACAGGGUUACCAGUUCCAGAAGUGCCGCCAAUCGAACUUUUAUCGGACAUAGCUCUAGAUGCGUUCACCAUCACCAUGGUAACGUACACCAUCUCUAUGUCAAUGGCGCUGAUCUUCGCGUCGAAGGAGAAAUAUGAGAUUGAUGCUAACCAGGAGCUGCUGGCGUUGGGAGCAAGUAACGUGUUUGGCUCAUUCUUCUGCUGUGCUCCGCUCUGUGCUAGUUUAUCGAGGUCCUAUAUACAAUAUCAAGCGGGCAGUAAAACGGGUAUAACCUCAGUAGUUAGUGCAAUACUAAUUCUAUGUGUAUUGCUCUGGGUUGGUCCGUUUUUUGAGCUCUUGCCCCGAUGUGUUCUGGCUUCCAUCAUUGUGGUGUCUCUGAAGGGAAUGUUCAUGCAGAUUAAGGAGUUAGCCAAAUUUUGGAAGUUGAGUAAAUUAGACGCUUUAGUGUGGCUGGUUACAUUUUUAACUACCAUGUUAGUAAAUAUUGAUAUUGGUCUAGGGGCAGGUCUCUUAGCAAGCGUGGGGGCACUUUUCUGCAGGUCACAGAAACCGUACACCUGCCUCUUGGGCAGAGUUCUGGAUACAGAUCUGUAUCUAGACAUUAAGAGGUAUCGAGCUGCUGAAGAAAUCCCCGGUAUCAAGAUAUUCCACUACUGCGGCGGUCUCAACUUCGCGACCAAGAAUCUGUUCAAGGAUACUCUUUUUAGGAAAGUCGGUUAUAUGAAGGAGGUAGAGGAGGAAAAUCUUACCAAGAGCGACUCGUACGAGUGGGACUCUAAUAUUGGGAGGAGGAUACAAUGCGUAAUAAUAGACGCAACAGCACUGUCAUACGUGGACGCGCCCGGUAUCAAGAGUCUGGUCAGCGCACACAGGGAACUAGUUGCCAACAAUAUAGCAGUGCUACUGGCGGGGGCUAAUGGUCCAGUCCUAGAGAUGAUAGAAAGGUACAACUCUCUAGAAACAGAACAGCUGCAAUUAGACACCUUCCCCACAGUUCAUGAUGCUGUGGUCUACUUCAAGGUGCUGGAAGCGAAGAAGGAACCCACCAUCAUGAUCAGCUCAUGAUGAACAGCUCUUCGGUGUGGAGUAUAUCAUGUUCAGCUCAUGAUGUACAGGUUCCAAAGAACUUGGUGUGAGGGUAUGAUGACGAUGAAAAUUCCAAUAAGUAUAUCGAACAUUCAAGAUCAGAUAAGGUAGAAGGUAGAAUCGAUUUUCUUUAGGGACAAGUACAAGUAAGUACUUGUCCCUAAAGAAAAUCGAUCAGUGAAACAGAUGUAUAAUGCAUCUGCCCCUUACCUCACUAGGGGACAUGGGACAUAUAUAUUGAACAUUCAUGUGGUUUUGAAGUGACCAACUUAAAUUUUAAUAUUUUUUGUUUUUAUGGCAUUCAAAUGCUUUAAACUUGUUGUGACCAAUUUAGUCAGUUUGUUUAUACAUGUUUGGGUUAAAAAUACCCCUAAAAUAUACUCCUGAAUAUAUUUAAUUUAUAGCAUUUAAAAGGUUUUUAAAUGAGAUUUUUGAGAAUA